UUCUCACUCCUAAUCAGUCACAAUUUGAUCAUUGUCAUCUCUGGUUGUCACUCAAAUCUAGUUAAUUGUGUAUACACUUGAUUACAGUAUUUCCCUCUAGAUGCAAAUAACGUUUUCCAAUGGAGUUAUGGAAACCUCGAGAUUGUCAUUUUGUUAAUUCUUAGGUUGUUUAGUUCAAAUUAGGUUCAUAUUUAUUUUUAAUUUCAAUUUUACAAUUACUGUCAUUGUUGUUUCCACCUUUGAAAUCCCUUGAACGAUACUAGUUUUGAUCCACAUUUAAAUUUGUGUGCGGUGAUAUAACUGGUGAACAUCCUUGAUCAUUUGUGACUGGCUAACCAUUUGACAUUUUCAACAAUCAACUUAUUAACGAAGUUAAUUAAGAGUUGACAAGAGAUCCAAUCAAUCAGUGAAAACCAAUGAUUCUGGUUAAGCGAUUUUUCAAAGCUUUAGUUAGGAGAAAGCCGAUUGAAGAAGACGCAGAAUCAAAAUCUAGACUUGUUAGAUGUCUAAACACUUUUGACCUAACUGCUUUAGGAGUUGGUUCUACACUUGGACUAGGUGUUUACGUAUUAGCUGGUCAUGUUGCCUACAAACAAGCUGGACCCGCUGUGAUUAUCUCUUUUUUUAUUGCUGCCAUUGCUUCAGUGUUUGCUGGUCUUUGCUAUGCUGAGUUUGGAGCUCGAGUGCCUAAAGCUGGUUCAGCUUAUAUUUACAGUUAUACCACUGUUGGUGAGUUCAUGGCCUUUAUUAUUGGAUGGAAUCUAAUCUUGGAAUAUGCUAUUGGAACGGCAUCGGUAGCGCGAGGUUAUAGUGGUUAUGUUGAUGCUCUUAUCGACAAUAAGAUCGCACAUUUUUUCAAUGAAACUCUACCACUUCCAAUCCCUGGAACUGCUGGUUAUUUUGAUGGCUUUGCAUUCACGUUAACAAUGGUCCUUGCCGUUAUGCUGGCUUUUGGGGUUAAAGAGUCGACAGGAUUCACUGCCAUUUUCACUGUUGUCAAUUUGUAUGCUGUUUUCUUUGUGAUAAUUGCUGGUGCUUUUCGUUCUAGUCUUGAUAAUUGGGAAAUUCCUGCGAGUCAAGUUCCUCCCGGUUUCGGCAAAGGGGGUUUCUUUCCAUAUGGAUUUCAAGGUGUAAUGAAAGGAGCAGCUACUUGUUUCUAUGGGUUUGUUGGUUUUGAUGCCAUUGCUUCUACCGGUGAAGAGGCCAAAAACCCUCAAAGAUCAAUUCCCCUCAGUAUAACGAUAUCAUUGUUUCUCAUUUUAUUGGCUUAUCUGGGUGUUGCUGGUGUUUCAACCUUAAUGGCUCCUUACUGGUUACAAGGUUCUAACGCUCCACUCACUGAUAUUUUCACCAUGCACCACGGUUGGGUUGGAUCAACUUACAUCAUCACAUUUGGUGCUAUUACAAGUUUGUCAACGGCUCUUCUAGGAUCUCUAUUUCCUCUUCCUCGUGUUUUAUUUGCCAUGGCAUCUGACGGAUUGAUUCCUUCAGUAUUCAAAUCUACUGCUGGAGCCAAGAAAACUCCUAUUUUCUCGACCAUAAUGUCUGGAUUAUUCGCAGGUAUAACGGCUGCUUUAUUUUCCACCGAUGAAUUAACUGACAUGAUGUCCAUUGGAACACUGUUAGCUUAUACUCUAGUCGCAUUAUCAGUGCUGAUUUUAAGGUAUCGAUGUGAUGAUCCAGUUGACUCAAAUCCAGCUCAUGAAAAGGAUGGAAAUGAAGAUAAUGAAAGUGUAAACAAUAACACUGCUGAUGAUGAUCAACUGGUUGUUGUUAGUCAAAAGCCAAGUUUAAUGUCUCUUUUACUCAACUUGGAAGGAUUUAAGGUACCAAACGAGAGUACAACAGAAGUCAGUGCAACUAUUAUACUCGUAAUCAGCUUUCUCUGUUUGAUUCUCGAUGGAUGUUUAACCUUCCUGUACGAUGAAAUUGUUGCUGGCAGUAUUUACUCAUUGAGUGCUAUUGCUAUUAUUUUUACUUUCAUCAUCAUUCUCAUGAUUUUACUUAAUCGACAACCUCAAACCUCAAUCCCAAACCAGACUCGCCUUGUUCCACUUUUACCUGCACUACCAAUAGUAUCUGCAUUGUUCAACUUUUAUCUUAUGUAUAAUCUGAGUAAACGAACAUGGUUUCGAUUUCUCGUUUGGAUGGGAUUUGGUUUAUCUACAUAUUUCAUGUUUAGCAUGAGAAACAGCAAAGGUUACUUAAAGCAAAGUUAUAAAGAGACCGAAGAUGAGGAAUCGGAAGAAACGAACCAACCAGUGAUACCAGUUGCACGAAACGAAGAUAUUCAUAACAAUCACUUUAAUAAUCUGUGAUUUAAAAUACGACCAUUUUUAAAAUCAAUUAGUUUCAUUAUUUCAUCUGUAUUUUAUUAUUCAUUAAACAAGUGAC